AUGGCGUCCGAGACAUCAGCCGUACUUGUUGCGGUGCGUGUGCGGCCGUUUAGCGCACGCGAGUCGGCGCUCGAGUGUACGCUGACCGUCUCCGAUGCCCGCACCGUCACACUGACGGACGUCGGUGGUGUCUCUGUGAGCAACGGCUGCGGCAGCGGCAGUGGCCAGCAGCACGUCUUCACGUUCGACAAAAUCUUCUGGAGCGUUCCCCCGCAGGUUCUGCCGGUGUGCGGGCCAGGCGGGUCGCCGGCGACGUGGUCGCCACGCAUGUCGUGCGUGGAGGGCAUCACACCGAGCGCCAUGUCCCGCACCGCGUCGGCGAUGCCGGGGAUGUGCUGCAGCAGUAGCAGCAGCAUUGCCGGCGGCACGGACUCCUCCGUGGUGGCGUCGCGGCUGCCGUUCAGCGGACUGCCGUGCUUCGCGCGGGUACCGGAGCAUGACGACCAGGCCUCCGUGUACGCAUUCAUUGGCCCACGCAUGUACGAGUCCGUUAUGGCGGGCUACAAUUCGUGUCUCUUCGCCUACGGGCAGACGGGAAGCGGUAAGACGCACAGCAUGAUGGGGCCGCCCGAUAGCUUUGCCACGCGCUUGACGGAGCGCGGCGUCAUACCACGCCUCUGCGAGGAUAUUUUCGAGAUGAUGCGCAAGGAGCGCGAGGAGGAUGAGAGCGUCACGUACAAUGUGGAGUGUAGCUUCUUAGAGAUCUACUGCGAGCGGGUGCGUGACCUCCUCGCACACAGCACAGGCAAGGUGGUCACAGCUGCAGUCGCAACAUCUACUUGCAGUGGCUCUGGUGCGACGACGACGACGACGGCGGCGGUGUCAGCCGCCAUAAACGGCGCCUCGUCGUCGUCGUCGUCGCUGCGGAUUCGGCAGCACCCGACGCGCGGGCCGUAUGUAGAGGGCCUUGCACUUGUGAAGGUGCGCGAUGCCGAGGGGGUCAUGCGGCAACUCAUUGGCGGCAUGCGGGAGCGCGCCACCGCGGAAACGCGCAUGAACGAGUACAGCAGCCGCAGCCACGCCAUUCUGCAGCUGCACAUCACCCGUGUUGCGGUGGUGCGGGAGGAGACGGCGGUGGUGACCAAAACACGCGUGUGCAAGGUGAACAUGGUCGACCUCGCCGGAAGCGAGCGGGUGUCGCAAUCCGGCGCUACCGGUGAACGCUUUGAAGAGGCGCGCAACAUCAAUCUGUCCCUCACAACCUUAGGCCGUGUUAUUCUGCAGUUGUCGGACAAGCAAGCGGGGAAGCAUGUGGUGCCGGCCUACCGAGAUAGCGUGCUGACGUGGCUGCUCUCCGACAGUCUGGGCGGCAACAGCAAGACUAUUAUGCUCGCCACAAUCGCCCCCAGCACUUACUGCUAUCAGCAGACACUCAACACAUUGCGCUUUGCUGGCGUCACAAAGAAGGUCAUCAACGUUGCCACAGUCAACGAAGACCGCCACUUCCAGAAACUCAUUGCAACGCUGCGGCAGCAAAUCGUGAAGCUUACGCUGCAGCUGGAGGAGGGAAAAGCGGCGGAUGUGCACCACGAGGAGAUUCGCGCACUCCGCCGCGAUAGGGAUGCACUUGAAGCACAGAUGGACUCAAUGCGGGCGGGAAUGCUAGCAAUGGUGCCCGCAGCUGAAAUGACAGCUUUGCAGCGGCGCGCGGAGGACCUAGAGGAGGCGAACGAGGUGCUCCGAAAGGAACGGAAUCAACUGCAGCGGCAGCUCGUAUCCACUACGACGGCGCUGCGCGAGGAGUUGACACAGAAGCGUGGUGAGAUCAUGAAGCUUCACGAACAGCUUAUGCAGAAGGACGGUGAGGUGCAAGAGUGGCUCCGCCGCCACCGUGAGGGCUCGGUGUGGCGCGAUUCUUCGACACUACAGCAGCAGCAGCAGCAGCAGCCGUACGUGGGGGCAGCGGCAGGGCGGCAGGCCCACCCCGUUAUGGGUGGCUGGGGGAAGCAGGGUCGCGGCAGCAGUAGCAGCAGCGAGAUUACGCUAUCUACGCCGCCGCCGCCGCCGCCACUUGUGAUUGCGGAGCCGUCGCGCCGCCGUGAGGAGUUGGAGCGCCGUAUAGAGGCCCUCAAGAAGGAGGUUAAGAUGGAGCGGCAGUGCCGCGAGGAUGUGGAGACGGCGCGGCAAAGCCUUCAGGAGAAACUCACUGUACUGCGGCAGGAGCGCGAUGACGCAGCACGGCAGCUGGAGGAGGCACAGAACAGGCUCGCAGAAAAGGUCCACGCGCUCGACGUGGCGCAGUCUGACUUGGCGGCAACGCGAACGAUGCUGCGCGUGGAACGAGGCGGAAAGCCUGCGGUAGAGCGUGAGCGCGAACUCGCUGCACAGCUCGAUGAGGCCCGUGCAGAGUACCUGAGUGAGAAGGAGACAAACGUGAAUCUGCUGCUGCGCGUGUCAAAGAUCGAGCGGCAGCUGUCCAGCUCCAAGAAAGAGGUGGCGGCGAAGGUGCGCGACAUCACGGAGUUAGAGCAUCUCCUCCUGGAGGAGACAGAGACGUCGGAGCGGUACUACCUGCGGCUGCGCUACUAUCGUGAUGUGCUUCAUCUGGCGAUGGCCUCCGUUCGAAAGUCGUUCUCCCCAACAGGGGGGGCCGAUGGCACCACUACCACCAACACUACGAGUGGCAGCGGCACCAACGACAGGAGCAAUGGAUAUUGUGAUGGUUCCGCAGGCUUCGCAUGGGAGCAGGUGGUAUGUGGCUCUGUGCGCGAUGAGGAGUACUCUCGAGCCCUACUCGAGCAAGAGUGUCUCACCGCGCUACUGGAGCUCCUCGGCCAGAAGCGGCUGCUGCAGGACGUCGCCGUGGCGGCGGCCAACGAGGAACUCGUCGCACUACGUACAGCUGCAGCGGAGGCCGACAUGGAGCCGCAACGACUGCGCCGCAAAGUGGAACAGGUGGAGGCUGCGCUCGAGGAGGUGAAAGCAGAGCGUCUCAUACUGCAAUCAACGCUGAAAAAUAGCGAGAACGCCCGCGAACGCCUCUCGCGGGAGGUUGAGGAGCUGACAGAGCAACUGGAGCAACAGCAGCAGCGCAAUGAUGCUUUGAUUGCGAAGAUUGCGGAUGUCCAGUCGUCACAGGACGCAUUCGAUGUGCGCUGCGGGGAGUCCGACAACAGCAUCAGCAUGUUACCCCUUGACCCCCAGUCGGUACAGCAGCAACGCCUGGAGAGACAGGUGGCGCAGUACCAGGAGGAGGUUGGGGUCCUGCACGCGCAGCUAGAGAAGGAGCGCAACGAUAAGGCAGAGAAGACGCGCGCGGCGCAGCGGGAGGUGGUGGAGCUAAAACAAGAGAUGCUGCGCGUGCGUGACGACUGCAAGGCCUCAUUGCGGGAGAGUAUGCAAAUCGUGAAGGACUACGAAGCCCGCGUAAAAGAACUCCAGGAUGUCCUCGCCACACUGCAGGCGGCCCUGGAGGAGGAAAGUAAUAACGCCGACAGCGCGCGGGAUCAAAUGCAGAGGGCAGAAAUUGCCAGGCGCGAGGCUGUCGAGGAGCUACAGCGUGUGUCCGCUGCACGUGACGCCCUCGUCUCCGACCAUGAGGACCAUGAGCGGCGGUACCUUGAGCUGCAGCGGCAGCUGCACGAUCUGCAGUCCGCCUACACAGAGCUAGAGCGGCGGCUGCUUUCAAUGAAGUUGCAGGAGUCGGACGUGUACCUCACAGUGGAGCGUGGCAGCGACGACGAUAGCUGGUUGCAGAAGGCACAGCGCGAGAAGGAGGUUCUGGAGCGGCAGAAGCAGGAUGUGCGGCGCCUCAACGAAGAGCUGCUCGCGAUGGUGCGACAACGCAACGAGUCCCUUCGCGCGGUGGACCGACAGAUCACGAAGAUGCAGCGUGGCGGUGUAUCGCCUGACGCGGCUGAGAUGUCGAUUGCCGAUGAUGACAUCAACGACAACCCACUCAAGGCACAGCUUCGACCAGAUUGA